AAGAUGAAAUUUCAAGUCAUCCUUUACUUGGCCGGUAUCCUCAGUUUUUGCUCUUGUGUUCCUGUCUACCAGCCUCAAAUCGGAAUAUUCGCAAGUAACAGUAAUGAGAUUUUGCGUCUCAAUGGACUCAACGGACUCACUCUGGCAGGUCUUGGUUUGGGUCAAGCACAGGGUCCAUCAUUUUUCUCUCCCUUCAUGAUCCAACCGCAGCUGCCGCAGGUGCUCAACUUUAACCCCUCAGUGCCUGGUCCCUUCUUACCCCCACAAAUCAACCAGCUGAAUCCAGCCCAGCUGCCUCCGUUACAGCAGGAGCAGCCCGUAAACCGCCUCGGUCCCAAUAAUGCCAUACCAGCACAGAAUCCCGCACAGGCCUUUCCAUACUUCCUGAAUAAUCUUUAUCCUUUGAGAAAUACUCCGGUAUGGCUGCCACCCAACCAGAUCCCUGGUCCAAAUAUUCAACAGCAGUCUAUCAAUCAACCAAUUCAACCAGUCCAGAACGGAGGAAAAGCAGCAGACCCGAGUGUAACUGCUGCUCCGGAUUACCGAGGUGAUCGACCUGGUCCUGGAACUGUAGAGUUUGGGCCAUAGUUUCUCAGAUGAUUUUGUUGCUAACAAGAUAUCCCAGGAGAACCAUGCAUUAAGAUAUGUUUGUUUACUUGCA